GAGCCGUUGCUUGGCGACAGGUCUUUACCAUUGAAGGCGGUGCCAAGGUGCUGCUGUGCGCGGUGACGUAGCUGUGCGUUAUUUUCUGACUGUUAUGGCGGACUGCUGUUUCUUCAGAGCCCUGAAAGAAAGUCAUUCAAGACACGACUCGGUCUCUAACCUGUUUCAUACAAUAUAGCCAGUUUUCUUGAGGGGGCUUUUGGGUUCUUCUGUGUGGUGACCUCGCCCCAUGUAAUAUGUUGGCGAAGGAGCCCCUGGAAUAUAACAGCAGGGUUAUUAAAUAGAAAUCUGAAAUAAAUAAAAACCACCGUGUCGGGAUAAACAACCAGAAGAAAAACAGAAGGCGCUCCGGCGAGACAGAGAGCGAUCCAGCAUGAAAUUCGCGGAGCAUCUCUCGGCACAUAUCACUCCCGAGUGGAGGAAACAAUACAUUCAAUAUGAGGCUUUCAAAGAGAUGCUGUAUGCUGCCCAGGACCAGGCCCCGUCCAUAGAAGUCACAGACGAUGACACAGUUAAACGCUACUACGCCAAGUUUGAGGAGAAGUUUUUCCAGACUUGUGAAAAAGAGCUUGCCAAAAUCAACACCUUCUAUUCAGAGAAGCUAGCCGAGGCCCAGCGCAGGUUCGCUACCCUCCAGAAUGAGCUGCAGUCCUCCCUGGACGCCCAGCGGGAGAGCAGCAAUGCUCCAGGACUGCGCCGCCGCCGCAAGACCGUCUUUCACCUGUCACACGAGGAGAGGGUCAAAUACAGGAACAUCAAGGACCUGCAGCUAGCCUUCAGCGAGUUCUACCUCAGCCUCAUCCUGCUGCAGAACUACCAGAAUCUGAACUUCACUGGCUUCAGAAAGAUCCUGAAGAAGCAUGACAAGAUCCUGGAGACUCAGCGCGGGGCAGACUGGAGAGUGGCUCACGUGGAGGUGGCACCAUUCUACACAUGCAAGAAGAUCAACCAGCUCAUCUCUGAGACAGAGGCUCUGGUCACCACGGAGCUGGAGGGAGGAGACCGGCAGAAAGCCAUGAAGAGGCUGAGAGUGCCCCCUCUGGGAGCUGCACAGCCUGCGCCAGCUUGGACCACCUUCAGAGUUGGGCUGUUUUGUGGCGUAUUCAUCGUGCUAAACAUUACUGUCAUACUAUCAGGUGUGUUUCUGUAUGAGAACAAGACGGUGUGGCCGUUGAUCCGUAUUUACCGCGGUGGCUUCCUGCUCAUCGAGUUUCUCUUCUUGUUGGGGAUCAACACAUACGGCUGGAGGCAGGCCGGAGUCAACCAUGUACUGAUCUUUGAGCUGAACCCUCGAAAUAACCUCUCCCACCAGCAUCUCUUCGAGAUUGCAGGGUUCCUGGGGGUGCUGUGGUGCAUGAGCAUCCUGUCUUGUCUCUAUGGGAGGUACACGGAGGUGCCCAUGCACGCCAACCCCCUCAUCCUCUACGGGUUCAUGCUCCUCUUCCUCAUCAACCCCACCAAGACCUGCUACUACAAAUCACGCUUCUGGCUGCUCAAGAUUCUGUUCCGGCUGUGCACAGCUCCCUUCCACAAGGUGGAGUUUGCUGAUUUCUGGCUGGCUGACCAGCUCAACAGUCUGGUCAUUGUGCUGAUGGACCUGGAGUACAUGGUGUGCUUCUACAGCUUUGAACUCCAGUGGGAAGAAAAGGAGGGACUGCUGCCCGAGACCAUAAACAGCCCGGUGUGUCACAGCUAUUCUUACGGCCUGCGAGCCGUGAUCCAGUGCUUGCCAGCCUGGUUCCGCUUCGUGCAGUGCCUGCGCCGUUACCGUGACACCAAGCGAGCCUUCCCCCACCUGGUGAAUGCUGGGAAAUACUCCACCACCUUCUUUGUGGUCACCUUCGCUGCUCUCUACAACACUCACAAAGAGCAGAGCCACAGUGACAGCCAGGUGUUCUUCUACCUGUGGAUAGUCUGCUGUGUGGUCAGCUCCUGCUACACCCUCAUCUGGGAUCUGAAGAUGGACUGGGGGCUGUUUGACAAGAACGCUGGGGAGAACACCUUCCUACGAGAGGAGAUUGUGUACCCACAGAAAGCUUAUUAUUACUGUGCUAUAAUUGAAGAUGUGAUUCUGCGCUUCGCCUGGACUAUUCAGAUCUCCAUCACCACCAUGACUGCGCUGCCCUGGGCCUCAGACGUCAUCUCCACGGUCUUCGCUCCGCUCGAGGUCUUCCGGCGCUUUGUGUGGAAUUUCUUCCGCCUGGAAAACGAGCACCUGAAUAACUGCGGCGAGUUCCGCGCAGUGCGUGAUAUCUCGGUGGCUCCACUCAACGCCGACGACCAGACCCUGCUGGAGCAGAUGAUGGACCAGGAGGACGGGGUGAAGAACCGGCAGAAGAGCAAGUCCUGGAAACGCAGCCACAGCGUGUCCCUGCGCCGGCCGCGCCUCGCCUCACAGUCGAAGACGCGUGACACCAAGGUAUUGAUAGAGGACACUGAUGAUGAAGCAUACACCUGAGACCUGGGCGCAGGCCCACCCCAUCUCCACUGCUCAUCUCAAAUCAACCUGCCCCCAAGUUCCUCCGCUCCGCUCCUCUCCUCCAGAGCUGAGCACAGGCCGACUGAAUCUCCUCCUGACCUGGGCACAGGCCCACCCCAUCUCCACUGCUCAUCUCAAAUCAACCUGCCCCCAAGUUCCUCCGCUCCGCUCCUCUCCUCCAGACCUGAGCACAGGCCGACCGAAUCUCCUCCUGACCUGGGCACAGGCCCACCCCAUCUCCACUGCUCAUCUCAAAUCAACCCGCCCCCGAGUUCCUUCCCUCCGCUUCUCUCUUCCAGACCUGAGCAAAGGCCCACCCCAUCUCCUCCUGACCUGAGCACAGGCCCACCCCAUCUCCUGACCUGAGCACAGGCCCACCCCAACUCCUCCUGACCUGAGCACAGGCCCACCCCGUCUCCACUGCGCAUCUCAAAUCAACCAGCCCCCAAGUUCCUCCGCUCCUCUCCUCCAGACCUGAGCACAGGCCGACCGAAUCUCCUCCAGACCUGAGCACAGGCCCACCCCGCCUCCUCCAGACCUGAGCACAGGCCCACCCCGUCUCCUCCAGACCUGAGCACAGGCCCACCCCGUCUCCUCCAGACCUGAGCACAGGCCCACCCUGUCUCCUCCAGACCUGAGCACAGGCCCACCCCGCCUCCUCCAGACCUGAGCACAGGCCCACCCCGCCUCCUCCAGACCUGAGCACAGGCCCACCCCGUCUCCUCCAGACUCGGAUCAGCACAGUCCAAGAGCCCAUGGUCCUCCCUGAGCUCUAAUUUUCAAGGGUUUAGUUUUUUUUGUUUGAUUUUUUUAUACAUCAUUAUGUUGUUUGUUUUCGGCAAUCAUUUGAAGUUACAAAAAAAGACUGUUUACAUAUGAAUAUAUCAGGAUCAACAAGAAAAACUUAACAAGAGCAGGGGACUCGGGAACUGGACAACAAACAAAACAACGCAGCCUGGGCCGGUUUCAGCUGGUUCAAACCGGUUUUUAGUUCUGUGUUUCUUUUUGUUUUCUUUUUUUUUUUUUUUGUUGCGUGUGACCCUGGAUGCACUUGCAGGAAAAGUGCACAAAACAAGCAAGAAGGAAACAGCAAGUACAACAUUGUUCUUUGUGGGCGAAGUCGUCUUUUACAUUGUUUUUGAUAUGUGUUUAUUCUGAUUUCAAGAAAUGUUUUCAUAUUAUUUAUGAGAAGAAUAAAGGUCUCAAGUCCUGUGCAAUGAUGUAAUAUAAGUGUUAUGUUGACUAUAGAUAUUGUCAGGCUUUGCUGAGUCUGUCUUUACCUUCAGUAGUUUAAAAACCUUUAGGUGGCACUGCAGAUCUGUUUAGGUUCACUGGUCCACCUUUUUGGGGUGUUUGGCCAAUCUAGCCAAAGUUUUAAACAUGCUAUUUGUCUGUGUAGUUUUGGGGGUGCCUGCAGUAUGUGCUUAUCACUGUUUCACGGUUUAGAAUUGGGUAUAAAAAAUAACAACUUUGAAAUGUUAGUGUUUAUAAAAAGUAGUGUAAUAUAAUUUGUUUUUAUGUUAUUAAAGGGUGGACGCUAUGGAAGCUUACAUGAGGGUUGAGGAUAUAGCUAUAAAAUCCAGUUAGCAACAAUACCAUUCUACAUCUGCAGCAACAGUAGAGAUUAAAAACAUGUUUUUUUAAGGCCAAAGUUUACAUUAAAAAAACAAACAAACAAACAAAAAAAAACCUUUACAUGUUAUAAGUUUUUAAUGAUUGCUAUAAGACAGAAGUUUUUAAUGAUGACAUCUUCAUGGUUUAAACCUUGUUUUACUGCGAUGUCAUUGGGGGGACUUGAGUAGUAUAGCUAGUGUUUAUUUAAUGGCACAAUCACUUUGCAGUCUACAGGGGCACUGGAAUGUUGAAAUACAUUUGGAAACAAGCUGUGGGGUGAAAACCUUGAAAAUAAAUUCCUGCUUUAAAAAACAAAAAUCAAAAAUAAAGGAUUCAUACUAAUAAACUCACUAUUAGCAACUAUGGCAUUUCACUGAAAUCCAACAUGCCUUUUAAAACUGCUGGAACAAGCAUUAGAUAGAUUCAUUUUAAUAGCAGGAGAUCAAAAUGAUUGCGCUUUAUUUCUAAGUUUACAGUGAUACUGAAUACGCUGCUCAUCUGGUAGAUAAUUGAAUUCUACCCAACAACAUUGCUGAUGAAUAAUCAUUAGGCAAGGGAAAUAUGCUUAGAACGAGACUAGAAACAGCCCUCUCAUAUCUGAGUUAAUGAACAGUACUGUUGGAUUCACUCAACAUUCAGGAGGUGCAUGAUAUUAUUUAAUUACCUGUUUGUUGUGUUGCUGCCUGAAUUAAUAGAUUCAGGUUUCUAGCAUUGGUCUUAUUCCACCGCAACUGCCAAGGAAGCAGAAAAAUGUAGUUAACAAAAGCUUGAGCUAAGGAUAUGUUCUUAAUAGACGUCUAGGAGAGAGAGGUAGAUUAAUUGUAAAUACUAUUUAAGAAACAAGAUACAAAAGAAAAAGAUUUUGUGAUUUUAAUGUCAGUUUAAUAUCCUUCUGCCCCGUUGCUAAUAUGUGCCACAAAGCCACCUCAAGGGUUUUUAAACGUGCAGGAUUAUUACCAUUAGCCUGUGGGUCGCAUGUACAAGAGGGGGAGGAAACCGAAUGGGUUACCAUGCUGGGGUCCAGACUGGGAGGCUGGGAAUUGCAGAUCCAGGGUUUAGGAGCGGCUGUUGUGGUUAACCGAAACACUGCAGUGGUGGCACAAAAUGAAAUUGUUGUCAAAUGAGUUGAUUACAUUUUCCCAUCAGUCUCCUGUCUAAUGCUGUACAUGUCUCUGUUCUGAUUUGAGUGUUUUUACCUGAUUGGAACCCUCAUAACAGAACCUGAGUUCUUAACCUGGUUGUCCUGUAGCCAUUAUAAUCGGGCUUCUGUUUUUCAUGCCAAGAAAUUAAACCUAAUUUCUUACCUCUAACAACAGUCUUGCAGUUUCCUAUUGUUUUACUACUAGUUUAGUUCCCCAGCCUACUUCCUAAAUCAGGUGGUUAUACUGCUACCCCUUGUUUCUUGUGCAGCAGGUAUUGGAACCCCUGAUUCAGUGACAUCACCAGUCAAAAGUGUAGACUGAGAAGCUAAAUGGUAUACAAUAAAUAACAGGGGGCUUAAGAGAACGCUAUGUUGUUCUUGAGAGGUAAGAAAAUACUUUUUAAAAGCUCACCUCUUUAACCAAUUAAACAUUUGUUAAGGUUUCCUUUUUUACCAACUAUUCGAUGGGAAUAUAAUUCAGAUUUGUAGAUGUUGUUUUAUUUGUGAAGAGUAUAACCAAAUAAAACCUGGAAUCACCCAAUUCCCCUUUCUGUGCGUGUGCAUGUGGGUGCGGGUGUGGGUGUGUUUUAACACAGUUGGUUUAAAAUAAACACUGACAUUCAGAACCACUAUCUGUAUAGGUUUGGAUGUAUUGAAAGAGAGGAAGUUUUGUGCGUCUGGCAUAUGAUGGGAUACCAAAUGCAAACGUGAAUAUCUGCAAUGUAAUCAGACUCAUUUACACAGUGAUUUUGUUGCAUGCUGUCAUCUGUACACAGACUGGCGUUGUCUAUGUAUAUGGUGUUGUCUUGCAUUCUUGUGAGAAACAUGCACAGUCAUUUUAAUAUCACUUCCAUGGGAAUGAGAGUAGUGGCAGAGUUAGCCUGGCAAAAUAAGAACAUAACCCCAAAGAAAAGUGCUCUGCGUUUACUGUGUGCUAAUUAGGGCAUUAGUUAGAAGAAUGUUCUUUUAAUAGGAUAGCUUUGAAUGGAGUACAGUCUACUAUGGUGUAUGUACAUGUACAGUGCAUCAUACUUCUUUCAAAAAGCUGUAAACAGAUUGCAUUGCAUUAAUGUAUAAGUGUGAACAUUUAAAAAACUACAGCUUUGUAGACUAGUGUUUCAGCUCAUCAGUGUUGUGAAUACAACUUUAACCCUUUAAAUGUAAUUGCAUGUAAACUAUCUUGUUUAAUUUCCUGAAGUGAUAUUAAGUGGUCUGAUAAACAUGAUCUGACAAAGAAGAAGAAAAGGGAUGCUAUCGGGAGCUUGUCCCCAUCAUAUUAAGGGCAUUUCAAUUGGAUGACAUUUACCAAAGUGGCAUUAAAAUAUCUGGCUGUGCUUGAACAAAUCUUUUAAUAAAGCUUUCAGAAAGAACCGCCACUAGCCUUCUGGAAUACAAGCGAACCAAUGGGAUUGUCUCUUUCAGCCGCAUUCCCCUCUGCUGUUCUGUUUGUGCAUCUGCAGCCCAAUCACUCAGUUGGCUUUCUUUGAUACUAGCAACAAUAUGAAUGUAAAUCGUGGUUUAUUAGCGGGGAGUAUAAUGUAUUUGUUGUACUAGUUUGAGAAAGGUAUACAGUGGCUCCAGGCAUGUUUCAAACACAGCUGCCUUACAUUUUUAUAUCCAUAGUUCUUUAUAUGAGUUCAAUUGUGUUCCCGCUUCACUGUAAAGCUAAGUAGAGGGAUGGGGUAUAAACCAAGGCAACUGAGUCAAACAAAAACAUACCGUAUUCCUUCGAAUUUGAGGAAAAAAUAAUACCUCAAAUAAAGAUGUACUUACAAGUAUACAACCUCAGUUACGCAUAUAAGAAAACAAUGAAUGGAGUCAGUUUGCGGCCGUCUGCUAUCACACAGAGCAUUACAGUUAUGUGCUGCUUCUCAUUUCCAGUCGUGAUUACUCACACCUGUUUUUCCUCCUCUUUGUGAACUGUGGUAUUGCUUGUGCUGGUUGUUAGAACAGAGCCAAAUAAUGAAACGCUGAAACUGUAAAAGCUUUUCUUCAAAUUCCUCAGGUAGCUAAUGCCGCUUCUUAGAAAAUGGCUGCUUGUAUGUCAUGGAGACUGGAGAUCGGGCAGUAAUGUUUUUGUCGUCUUUUCUUGUGCAGUAAGUCACAUUCCUGUUUGUUGGCGAUUUUAAUACAUGCAUCACUAUACUCGAAUAUAAGACACAGGCUAUUUUUGAGAAGAAAAAAUGUGUUUAAAAAGUGUGUCUUAAAUCCGAAGGCAUACAGUAAUUGAAUACAAAGAACUGAUUAAACUAGUUGGUGUCAAUUGAAUAAUCUGCCUAGUAGUUUGUUAAAAUAGUUUCAGGGAUGUAUUGGUAAUGACCAAUAAAAAAUAGUAGUAUACUGAAACAUAUAACCUGAGAGAGGAUUGUAUUCUUGUUUCACGUAAUUAACCCUAAUUGUUACAUGCGAUAAACAGCUAUGGAUAUUUAAACAUGGGCUAAGUGUCUGAAUAAUGCCAUCAGAACAGCAAUGCCAUUGAAGAAUGCCAGCACUGUACCCAAGGCUUGUGGUAUUGUAGUUUGUAUAGUAUCAUUUUAUGAGAUAAGACUUCCACUGCAGUGUGCCAGAGGUUUAUCUCUCAAUGGUUUGCCCAAGUAAGCUAAGAGUACAACCUGUAAUGGCUUAAAACAUGUCAGACAGUAGAACACUACAGUAUUACAAGCCUUGAAGUCCAGGGGGCCCUAUUUUGAAUGAUGUAAACCGUGAGCAAUCUUCAUACCGACUUGGAACUCCAGCGCAGACCUGUGGUGGCAAUAAGGGGCUCAAUAAACCAGCACUGAAGGAAAGCACCAGUGGGAGUAAUAUGAACCAGGACUUGACAUAUUGUUAUUAGCACUAGCAGCAUUCCUUCAGGGUCUCUGGAAUUUAGAGGAGUGCGCAUGAAGGUUUUAAUAACCACUUCCUUGCCUCUUAUUAACAUUGGAAACAUUAUCCACAUGCUGAAGAUAUUUGCUUUUAUAUAACAAAACAGGCUGGAAGAUUUGGCACAAGAAAAGGGGACAGUGUUACAAAUAAGAGGCAUGGUAAAGAAAUGGAAAACUCUGGGUUGUCUUUAAAUGAGGGACAGUGAUAAUGUCUUCUAAUGUGAAGAAGGAAAUUUGAUUUCUUGGUAACACUCCUUUAAGAGGGUGCAGUGAUGAUGUUGCUGCUUCUAAAAGAGGCAGGAAUUUUAAAUGUGAACCUGUGGGUAGCAUUUCUUUAGGGCUGGUAUUCAGACCUGCUGCUGUCCAGGUCAUUAUAGUAGCCCCAUUUGCCUUCUGUAGAAAGGUUUGUGUACAUGUGAGUGAAAAAGCUGGAAACACUUUAACCAGUGGUGGUAAUAGAAAAAAAAAAAGUGUUCCUCUCCCAAUCAUCACUGUUUCAUUUCUUAUUCUUUUUGCAAUUUACAUUAAAGAGUAAGUAGUGGGGUUCUGAAAAAAUUAGCAUUAAACGUCCCCACGUGUUGCUACAACUGUUUAAAUAAUGUUGUUGUAAUUUAUCUUUUCAUUUGUUAAAAUCCUGACACCUUUUUACACUUAAAACUUUAAAGUCGGUUUCAAAGCUCUUUUCAAAAUGGCUGCUCUAGUGCACUGAUAGUGUAAGGAUUAUUGCCCACAUUGUCAAACAGGUAACACAGCAAUAACGAUCCAUGAUGUGGUAGGGAACGGAAAAGCCAGAGCACUUGCUAUGUUGUGGUUUUUUUUUUGUUCACUCUUCCUGCAGUGAUUUUAGAGUACAUAUCUCAAACCCCAGUGCACUAGAGCGGCCAUUUUGACAAGCGCUUUGAAACAGGCUUUAAAGUUCUAAGUGUAAAAAGUUGUCAGGAUGUUAACAAUGAAAAGAAAAACGACAGGUACUUCAUUUAAACAGUUGUAGUAACACACUGUAUUAUUCUGAACCUCGCUACGUACUUUUUAAGCCAGAAUGCAGUGUAAACUAGUGUUUUAGAAAGCAGUGUUUUUUGUGAAUAGCGUGUAUCAGAGAAGCACAGGGUUAAUAUUCUAUAUCCAGUGCAUCAUUUUAACAGAAAGGUCCUGUAGCAGCAACACAAACAUAUUUGAUUCUUGUCCUGGUUUGUUAAAGACAACCUAAUACAAUACAAUGAAUUAGUUCCUGGAUUUUUUUUCCCACAAUGAAUCUAACAUUUUCUAUUAAAAUGAUGUCCUUGGUUUACUAAAAAUACCCUGUGCUCCUCAAAUAGAUCCAAAAAGGAGAACAUGAAAGGGGUUUAAAUGUAUCACCUGUGUUUUAGCCUGGGGGACUCACAGGAUUCUCAGCUUUAGUCUCAUAGCAGUCUGCUUCUCAGUGUCACUGUUUACAACGGCUCUGAGAGGUCAGUGCUAUGGGCAGGACACACUACCCUGUGAACCCCUUUGCUUGUCAGCAGCCUUCCUUUCCUGUGUGUUCUGCACAGUGAGGUGGGCUGUAGCUUUACACACAUUGAAUAGAUUAAAGCAGCACUUACAAAUGCUUUCAAAUCCAUACCUCUUAUCAACACGUACAUCACAGUCCCUCUCCCCCUUUCUGUGCACAGAUCCUCUUGUAUAUUUUGAAACACAACAUGCUAUUAGAAGGUUGCUCUUGCUGGCCUGUGUUCAGAUUCACGCCAAUGGGCUGGUUGCAAUCAGACCACGUGGACCUACAGCACAGGAAAUGAUCAGAUACCAGCUUCCUCUUUAUCUGAAAACAUCUUCUGCACAACAAAGAUAAUGUUUCUUGUACUAAUAUGUGGUAAGAAUUGGAUUUUAAAGAAGCCUUGAUUCGCACUCUUUUAAGAAACAUUCCAGUUUCUUGUUUUUUAGUAGUUUUAUAUAAAGAAAUACUUUUUUCUUUCAUUUCUUUCCACAUUUUCGUUUCCUUUUACUAAUUUCCGGUACCAGGGUCAUGGACAACUGCAUCUGAAAAAUAUCUGCAUGACCUGAGUGGAUAUUUGAAAUUGUAAUCUUUACAACGCUGGAAAAAGAAUCUGUCAAAACCUGCGAGCACAAUCUUUAGGCUUUAAUCUUGAUGAUGUGAGCCCCUAUUCCAGAUUCAUUGAGGGGUUCUGACAGCUCAAGAGUUAUCUUUACUGUGUUCCGUGUUGCUGUGCCACUUUCUCUCUCUGUUCUCUUUCUAUCAGUGUGAGCAGUUUGUGUCAGUCAGUGUUGUCUUUUUCAAGGCACAAGGCUAUGCUGCUGAAUGCGAAAGGGGACACAGGUUUCUUUUAAACAAAAAAAAAACAAAAAACAAUUUGGUAGAGAAAAAUGGCUUGUGCCUUUUUAGUAGUAUUUUCUGCUGUGUGCUGCAGUACUCAUUUUCUCCAAUAGAGGUUGCCAUUUACAAACAAAAAAUAGUGCCAUCUGCUGUUUUAAUGCUGCACAAUCGACUAAACAGAAAUACCAAUUUGAAUCAUCUAUUUCUUCCCCUAAACUUACAAGAAAGUCUCCUUUCCCAUCUACAAACAGCAUCUUACCAGCACAUAUAGCCACAAAGGCUGCUUUCAUUGGCUUGCAGUAUUAGACUAAGCAAAUGAAUGGAAACUCCCCCCCCCAAAGUGACAGCGCAGCGCCAGUGUCUCUCAUCUGCAUGCUGCACAUUUCAUUACUAUUUUGGAUUAUUGUUUUUGAUUUAUUGUUAUUUAAAGAGCAGUAUUUGACAUUAAGAAACUUUCUGAUAGUUCACAGACUUGCACUCUUUUAGCGUGAAAUCUUUGAAAUUCUGUAUGUGGAAAAAAGUGACUAUGGAAUGUGAUUGGUCUUGUUGGUGAUUUAUAUUAGCUUGCUUCCUUCUUUGGGGCUUGUGUCCAUAUGACAGUCAAGGGAAGGGAUUCAAACUAAAUGGGGAAAUUUAAGAAGAAAAUACACAUUGACUACCAACCAAAUGUAUUGAGGCCCAGAAAUGUGACUUUCCCAAAUCCAGGGAGUGGUUUUGUUUAAAGACACAAGCCCUGCAGACCUUUUCCUAUGAAAAUCAAUACAUUGCUAAGGUACUGCUUGCUAAAUCCAUGAUGUAAACUGUGCUUGACGAUAUCUCUUCUUUCUUUCCUCUCAAUGUGUCUUACCUUUCUUGCUUUUUCUUUCUUUCUAAGUAGAUGAUGCACAAUUGUGACAAAUAAUGUCCGUAGCAUAUAGAUGGUUGUAUUAAAGAUAAAAAAGACACAAAAAAAAUGAAAUGAUGUGGUUUAACAAGUGUUUAAAAAAUGAAAGAACAAUGUCUUACAUUCCCCUUUCUAUCGAUUAGUCUGUGAAUGUCGAGUGUAUUGCGCUGUACUAUGAUGGUUUUACUGAUGGUUUCAUUUGUAUUUCUGUAUACACUGGUUAUCCUGUAAUAACUGGGUUUUAUAAACCACGUUUAUUUUUAAAAGUGUA